CAGGGCUUAUUCAAAAGGGUGUUUAAAUAUUCGAAUGAUUUGGUGAUAUUAUUUUAUAACUGAUCUGACAUUGUGUUUAGUGGUUGAAUCUUUAAUAUAUCUAUCUGGUACUUAAUUGAUCAACGAAUAGAUUAAUUAUACACAUGUACUCCCAUAUUUUGUUGCUCAAUAUGAUUUUAUUUAUGUCUACGUAUAAUGAACUUGGCACGCAACCAUAAUUUACACCAUUAGUUUAGUCGAUCUCGCACAAUACUCAGGAUGCAUUAACAUAAUAUAAUACACAAUGAGAAGAAGAAAACCAGAGUGGAUGGUUACUUUAGAACGACGACAAUUCGCGGCUUCGCUGGCUUGAAAGAGGACCUUUGGUGAGCGUAAAGGGGCAACAGUCCACGUGGGAUGAAAUACAGCCAUGUUCUGCCACGUCAUCGACAUUGGGACCCUACUGAAACACUAAAUAAUUUAGUCUUCUACUAAUAAUGAUGACCGGUCAAAGCGGUUUAUUCCUUUUCCGGCUGCCGCAUCUUAUUACCCUCGGUCAACUCCUUCCGUAUUUAUCACCAACAUGACCUAUUUUUUUUUUUAAAGACCUAAUCUCAUUUCAUGAACUUUUUUUGGGUGUUUAAACUAGUAGUCAUCGUACUCUGGAUCAUUUAUUCUUUCGCCGUCAAAAAAAAACUAGUAGUCAUGUUCAUGUAUCCUGUAUAUAUAUCUCUGAUGAAAAUGAAAAUAUUUAUUUGUCGACGUCUAAACUCUCCCAAUACGGCAGGCCUCAUCCGGCAUGGCUAAUAUUGCAUUAUAUAUUGCGAAGAACUGCUUAAUAAUAGUGGGUGCCUAAUCGUAUGGAAAAUGCUAUAGAAUGUACAGAGCUGCACGUGUCUCCAUUUAUUUUACAAUAUUUUUAAUUUGGGUCAAUACAAUAUGCGUCUUUAAUUAUAGUUUUAGAGUACUAUGUUGCUUCGAAUUAUUUGAUGGAAAAUAUGGAAUGCAUUAAUAUAAGAGACCAUAUAGACAUUUUUAUCAUAUACAAGCUGAGAAGUGAGCAGCCAUGGACGUGUAUUAUUUAAUUAUAUAUGUAUUUAUAGUCUAUUACACCACAACUUCAGAUCAUAAAAUAUAUUGGCUACACACGUGAAGAAAAAAAAAUACUAAGAAUAUACAUAUACCAUUAUAUAGUGUUCCCGUAAUUUGCCACUAGUUUACGUGAGUGUAUUUGCUUAAUCAUAUCCUAAUAGUAGUCAGCCGCCCCGCAAAAUUAAAAUAAGAAGAUGAUGUUUUCCAACUUAUAUAUGCAUAAUGCAUUGCAAGACCUCAGUUUAAUGCAAAUGAGCUUAGUUUAGAGAGACGCUGUAGAAGAAGUCCUGUGUAGAAGUUAUGAUGUGUUGGUAGUUUACCCUGUAGACGGUAGUUUAUAUCAUUAUAUGAUGUACAUAUAAAAAGGGGAGAUACUUAUGAAACAAGGUUAUGUAUAUUUGAGAAAGGGGGUGUUUAUUUGAGAGAGAGGAAAGUAAAGAUGGAGAAAUAACGUAAAAAGGAAAUGGGUGGAACCUGGACCGGGCGGAUAAGUGUUGGGGGUGGGGUCACAUUUGGGCGUAAUCAGUAGGGGAGGAAUGUAUUUUUGUUUUUGUUUUUGUUUGAUCUCCUCUUUAAUUACUUAAUCACGAUUUUAAAAUGGGGGAUUAAGAAAAUAGAAGAAGUCGCCUGCUUGAAAUGACAAAAAUACCCUAAAACAUUAAAGGAUUAGUAUGGCCACGGCGGCAUGAGUAAGAUGCGGCGUCGUUUAAAAGACAAGGAAGAUGAGAUAAAAGCUCAUUAGACCUGCCUCCACAAUACUUAUGAGUGAUUGAUCAUCUCUCUCUCUUUGCAUUUGAAUUGAUUUUGCAAAUCUCAUAAAAGGGGAUUCAGUUAUAAAAAAAUUAAAAAAAAGGAAUCGUUGAGUUUAAUUUGCUCAAUGGUGGUGGUGAUGGAGAGUUGCGGAAGUAGAGUCUUACCGAUGAUGUCGCAGGCGGGCAUGGAGCGGCGGGAGCGGAUGAAAGUGGAGGUGUUCGAAGAGGUCAUCCUUCGUCUCCGUCAAUCUGAUAAUAUUGACACGGAUCUCCCCGGUUUCGUCGACGACCUCUGGGCUCACUUCAAUCGCCUCCCGGCCAGGUAUGCAUUGGAUGUGAAUGUAGAGAGGGCUGAAGACGUUGUCAUGCACCAGAGAUUGCUUCUUUCGGCUCUUGAUCCGCAUAACAGGAGGCCUGCUAUCCAAGUUCGUCUCGUCCAGGUCCAGGUUCAACAACCUCCAGCUGACUCGGACUCUCUUACCAAUGAAACAACUUCUUCUCCUGCCAGCAUUCAUCCUCCGCCUGCCUUUGGUUCAUCUCCCAAUCUCGAAGCACUUGCCCUUGCACUUGCUGCCCAUGACCACGAUGAGGGCGACAACUCUGUGCGUAACAAUUCUCUCUAUUCCCGUCCCCUGCAUGAGAUCACCUUUUCCACACUAGACAAACCUAAACUCCUUUUGCAGUUAACUGCAUUGCUUGCUGAGCUUGGGCUGAAUAUUCAAGAGGCGCAUGUUUUUUCUACAACCGAUGGCUUCUCACUCGAUGUUUUUGUCGUUGAUGGUUGGUACGAGGAAGUAGACAGACUUAGAAUGGCAUUGGAGACAGAAGCAGCAAAGAUUGAGGACCAAAGCUGGCCUAUGCAGCAAUCCUUCUCUCCUGAAAAGCAAAACGGGACAGCGAAAGAUCAUGUCGUAAUACCCACUGAUGGAACUGAUGUUUGGGAAAUCAACCUUACACAAUUAAAAUUCGGGCAUAAGAUAGCAUCUGGUUCUUACGGAAAUCUGUAUAAAGGUACAUACUUAAGCCAGGAAGUUGCUAUCAAAAUCCUCAAGCCAGAGCGUCUAGAUUCUGAGCUAGAGAAAGAGUUUUCCCAAGAAGUCUUUAUUAUGAGGAAAGUUAGGCACAAAAACGUUGUUCAGUUCAUUGGUGCUUGCACCAAGCCUCCACAUCUCUGUAUUGUUACAGAGUUCAUGCCCGGUGGAAGUGUAUAUGACUAUCUACACAAGCAAAAGGGCGUGUUUAAGCUUCCAGCUUUGUUUAAAGUAGCUAUAGAUAUUUGCAAAGGGAUGAACUACUUACACCAAAAUAACAUAAUUCACAGAGAUUUGAAGGCUGCCAACCUUCUAAUGGACGAAAAUGAGGUUGUUAAGGUUGCAGAUUUUGGGGUGGCUAGAGUAAAAGCACAAACUGGAGUUAUGACAGCUGAAACUGGAACAUAUCGGUGGAUGGCUCCGGAGGUGAUAGAACACAAGCCAUAUGAUCACAAGGCAGACGUUUUCAGCUACGGGAUUGUGCUAUGGGAGUUGUUGACUGGCAAGCUUCCUUAUGAAUACAUGACGCCAUUGCAGGCAGCCGUAGGGGUGGUCCAAAAGGGAUUAAGGCCGAAAAUACCGAAGAAGACGCAUCCGAAAAUGAGAGAGCUAAUGGAGAGAUUGUGGGAGAAGGAUCCAAGCCUGAGACCAGACUUCGCAGAGAUCAAAGAGAAGCUAGAAGAGAUAGCCAAGGAAGUAGGAGAAGAGGGGGAGGAGAGGAAAAACGCAUCAAGAGGAGGAGGGGGUAUCUUUGCAGCACUGAGGAGAAGUGCAACAACACAUCAUUGAAUAACAUACAAACAUGGCUGUGCAUAUGGUAUUAUAAUUGUUAGCUGGUAUUCAAUUGAUUUUGUAAGUUAUUAUAUACACCCCAUACUCAAAACUCUU